AUAUCUUCCUUACCAAGAUCAUGGGGUCUAGCUUCAACGAUUCAUGGAAGAGUUCUGGAUGGUACUUUUAUUCAGUUUCUUUUUCAAUCAGAAGUAGAUCUUAUCUCAGUGCAAAGAAGAGAACUAUGGAUUUUCAAUAAUUGGUUUGUUGCUUUCCAAAGAUGGGAGGACUUUCCAGGCUUAGACUUUCUAUCUACUAUUGAGCUAUGGGUUCAAAUUCGGGGUAUCCCCUUGCCAUAUGUUACUGAUGAGACAGUGACACUUAUAGCUGAAAGACUUGGAGAAGUAGUGACUGUCGAUUUCCAUGAAGCAACAACUACUCAAAUCACUUGUAUCAGAGUACGAAUAAGGUUUGGAAUUACUGAUUGUCUUAGGUUCUUUCGAAGAAUCAGGUUUAGAUAUGGAGAAACAACAAUGAUAAGAUUUCAGUAUGAGCGGCUUAGGAGAAUCUGUAGCAACUGUUAUAGAAUGACUCAUCACAGGAAUCAAUGUCCGUUUCUUCAGCAGCCUCCGAGUAAUAGGAUUAAUCCUGCGAUUUCAGAAAGACUUGAUCAGAAUAGAGUUGCUGAGAAUGAUGAAUCAAACAGAGAUAAUACUAAUUCUCAGUCUCAUAUAUCGGAUAGAUCAUUUCCAGCACCAAUCUCUGAACUUCCAAGAGUGGAUACUCCUCGUCCUAACCCAGAGGAAUUAGCUGCUGUUAGUCCUUACUUUCAAGAUUUCAAAGCUGAAAAUGUUCAACACUUUGCAGUACCAAUUCCACAACAUGCAUCAAGGCUGAGAAUGCAAUCCUCAAAUGGUUCUAAUGUAACUCCAUCUGAUGUUCAUGAAAGCACUUCAAAAGCGUUAAAGAAUUCUGGAUUGGGUGAAUCAUCAAAAUAUGAAAUCGGUGAGUCAUCCAAGCAUCCAAGAUCUGAAAUAGUUAAAGAUGAAGAAAGAAAGCUAAAACAAAAGUUUCAAGUUUAUGAAGAUGGAGGAUUUCAGUUACCUCCAAAGAAAAGAUAA